AUGUCCGCCUUGGCAAAUAUCAACAACUGGGAUCCUCUUCAUGACGACAAUUUGAUCAUGUUCGCGAAUGAACAUUAUUACAAGAAGCCCUCGGGAAUGGGCCGACUGGAGAAGCCAAAGUAUCAUCUGACCCAAAAGAUGAAGGAAUUUUACGAAUUGUACAAGAACAUGAAUGAGCUACCGGAUAGUCCGCAUAAAGAUCACUGA